AAUCGAAGUGCCCGACGACGAAAAGGGACAAUCGAAGGAAGGGGAUGGGCUGGCUGAAAAUGAGCAGAGUUCUAAAGCGAGUUCCAUAAUGAUGUAGACAGACCUUUGCAGAGGCAUCAUCCAUGAGAGAACACUGCGAGAAUGGCCAGAUCCAAACUUUCCAGAGGACAAGGAGGAAAUGUGUACCUCUAUAGGAAAUUUGUCCUUUUCAUUUUUGCUGCCCUGUCCUUUGGGCUGGUUACAAUGUUCUUGUUUCUGUUUUGGACUCCGUCCAGAGGAGAAGGUCACCCGCACAAGUUCUCUCUGAUGGAAGCAGACAACAGCCCAGAGGUGAAAAUCCCCAAGGAUGCCCCACAAGACAGUGCGCGUGACAGAAACUGUACUUACCACCUGUGCUUAGAGGUGUAUCAUUGUGGUUAUCAUGAUGACACAAAGAUCAGUGUGUACAUUUACCCGUUUAGGCGUUAUGUGGAUCACCAGGAUGUGUCCAUUACGCUGCCGAUUUCCAAAGAGUUUCAGGAAGUCUUGCAGACAAUUGCAGACAGUCCUUAUUACACGGAUGAUCCUGAGACGGCCUGUUUGUAUGUCCCUUCAUUAGACCUGUUUAACCAGAACAACGUGCGAGUAGAGGAGAUUGGUCAAGUGCUGAAAACACUGCCAUGGUGGAACAAUGGGACCAAUCACCUUCUGUUUAACAUGUUACCUGGCAGUGUACCUGAUUAUCAUUCAGUGUUGGAUGUCAACACGAAUCGUGCUCUUAUGGCAGGAGGUGGCUUCUCCACGUGGACCUACAGACGGACGUACGAUGUUUCCAUUCCAGUUUUCAACCCUUACAUGGCUGAGAUUCAGCUUCCUGAAAAGUCAGACCUGGCCGAUCGCAAGUGGCACUUGGUGUCGGCACAGAUUGGGCUUCAUCUGGAGUACAGACAGGAACUAGCAUUUGUGGCCAGGGCAGACUCUCGUGUCUUACUGCUGGACAAAUGUCAAACCAAAGAUGUCAGUAAAAACAUGUACCAGAGGUGCAGUGGGGAGACUGUGGUCAAGUAUCCUAACAUUUUACAGGAUGCGACAUUCUGCUUGGUGAUUCGGGGCUCCAGGCUGGGCCAGACUGCUCUCAGUGACGCCAUGAUGGCUGGCUGCAUACCUGUCAUCGUGGCGGAUGGGUAUAUCAUGCCUUUCUCAGAAGUCCUUGAUUGGAACCGAGCUGCAGUAUUUGUUAGAGAGGAUGACCUGGCUGAUGUGGGUGAGAUCCUGCGGUCCUAUCCCCCGGAGAGAGUCUGUGAGAUGAGGCGGGUCCUGAAGUUAUACUGGGAGCGUUAUUUCAGCUCCAUCAAGCUCAUCACCCUCACAACUCUACAGAUCAUUAAUGAUCGUGUGUUCCCAUACGCUAGUCGCACCUAUGAGCAAUGGAAUGAUCCACCAAACCCGGACAUGGUGUCCAACCCGCUCUUCCUGCCGUCCAUCCCGCCCAAGUCAAUGGGUUUUACGGCUGUCAUCCUGACCUAUGAUCGUGUGGAGAGUCUAUUCCGGGUCAUCCAUCAGGUCUCUAAAGCGGCCAGCCUUGCCAAAGUUGUGGUUGUCUGGAACAAUCAGAAUAAGAGCCCUCCACCAGCUUCUGCCUGGCCGAAAAUUGGAAAGCCAUUAAAAGUGGUACAAACAAAACAGAACAAACUGAGCAACAGGUUUUACCCAUAUGAUGAAAUAGAGACUGAGUGUAUUUUAGCUUUGGAUGAUGACAUUGUCAUGUUGACAGCAGAUGAGUUGGAAUUUGCGUAUGAGGUAUGGAGAGAGUUUCCAGACAGACUGGUGGGCUUCCCAUCUCGCCUUCAUGUGUGGGACAAUGGAACAGAGAGCUACAAGUAUGAGUCAGAGUGGACCAACACAAUAUCAAUGGUUCUAACUGGGGCUGCAUUUUAUCACAAGUAUUUCAGUUACCUGUACACCACUGCUAUGCCAGGUAAUAUCAAAUUGUGGGUGGAUGAUCACAUGAACUGUGAAGACAUUGCCAUGAAUUUUCUCAUUGCAAAUAUCACAGGAAAGGCUCCUAUUAAAGUCACACCCAGGAAGAAGUUCAAAUGCCCGGAGUGUGUUAAUAACGAAAUGUUAUCAGCUGAUCUCACGCAUAUGGUUGAAAGAUCUGAAUGUAUCAACACGUUCUCUGAUAUUUAUGGCAUGAUGCCACUGAAGACAGUGGAGUUCCGUGCGGACCCAGUCCUGUACAAAGAUGAUCUCCCACGCAUGGCCAAACAUUUUCCUGAUAUUGGUAGUUUGUGAGCCUUGAACUAUUUUACAGCUGAGCAAGUGGGUUCAAAUAUGAAGGCAAUACUAAAACAGUUGAGCGUUUUGCUAUGUGGUAUGAUAGAAAAAGUGGUACAACAGGCUGUUAGCUGGAACAAACAUUUUUUUGGCCAAAAUUAGGGCAUUUUCCCUAAUGGUGAACAAUGGACUGUUCCAGCAUGUUAAACUUUUCCACUGAUUUUGAUAUGGUAUUUAUAUGUACGUGCAUAUUUUAUUGAAGACAUCAUAGAAGCAUUUCCUUCAAAUCAGAGUGACCACAAGCCAUUAUCUUGUUACUUAUUCAGGCAUGGUUGUCUGUUAUUACAUGUUUGCUAUAUUGUUGUGCCAAAGGCUGAAAGUGAGUUUCUGACAUGGUCCAUGUUUAGGAAUGUGUAUAUGUGUAAUGUUGAAGCCUUAUAUCUUCAGAUGUAGAAAUGGAAGAAUUUAUGAAAAUUUGCUCCUAGCAUUUUAUUACAAAGUUUUUUCCUGGACUUGAAAACAUUUCUGUGAAAGCAAACAUGGUCAGAAUCACAAUUUUACUGGAUUCCCAACUGAGUACACUAAAUAGCCUGAUCCAAACAACUGCCAUGAAAAAUGAGAAUGCCUCGCAUACUAAUUGAUGUAUUUACCUCAGGCACAUUCUCGUCAGAAAUUAGUUGAUAUCUCGACGACUGACCAGGCUCACCCCAGUAAAGAGUAUCGCUUAUUCUGGACACUCCAUUUUCUUCCAACCAUAAACCUGACUGACAUCAUCAGAAUGUGGAAUAUUCUUGGGCGUGGCGACCUUUCAGUGCUUUUAUUAUAUAACUCACAUAGGUACUACUUGUAUUUGGUAAGGUACAAUAGUUGUCCCUCUUUUGACCUGUGUUCUACCUGUAUUUGGUAAGGUAUAAUAGUUGUCCCUCUUUUGACCUGUGUUCUACUUGUAUUUGGUAAGGUAUAAUAGUUGUCCCUCUUUUGACCUGUGUUCUACUUGUAUUUGGUAAGGUACAAUAGUUGUCCCUCUUUUGACCUGUGUUCUACCUGUAUUUGGUAAGGUACAAUAGUUGUCCCUCUUUUGACCUGUGUUCUACUUGUAUUUAGUAAGGUACAAUAGUUGUCCCUCUUUUGACCUUCUUUGAUACAAGUGCGAACAUACAAAAUAAACCAGAAGAUUAAAUAGCAUGCUCAUGUGAGCAUAGUGUUGGAAUAUGAUUUUUAAAAAAAAAAGGCAGGCAUAACUAGCUAAAGAGAGACCAUAAACAUCGUAUUUCGGGACGGGAAGCACCAUUGGAAAUUACACGGUUUUAUCAUGUCAAGAUUUCAAAGUAAUCCAGCAUUCAACUUUUCACAUGCAUAGGCUUCUUAAGUAAAAGUUUUUCUUUUUUUUAAUCAAUGUGAUAUGGCUGUGAUAAAUGUGGCAAAAUUUCUUGUUUGUCUGUGAUCCAAAUGACUAAGAAAUGAUGUGCUCGUUUGGUGAAUGAAAUCCUUUUGAAGUCCUGGUUGCUUUGGCCUACCUGUAAGCUGUUGGCCUGCAUGAUUCUCCGAUACAUGUAUCAUAUAGACACAGAUAAACUAAGUCAUGUGAUUAUGCACGUUGAGGACUGAGAUGUUUUCAUUUAUCAACCCCAUAGUUUUGAAUUUGAAAAAAAAAAAUAAAAAACAUUCUGGUAAUUACCAGGUUAGUUAAGAGUGCUAAGCCUUCAAAAAUUUACAUAUGCUACACACACAAACUUUAUCCUGAUGAUUUCUAUUGCGAAUGUAUGUGUUAGAUUGGUUCUGUAGUUAUACAGUGCUGAUGCUUUAUGUUUUGUUUUGCUUCUCAUUUCAUGUCAAAAAUUCAGUUUUUAUCUUUUUUCUUGUCAUGUUGUUCUUUUCUAUGCUAUCAAUUACAAAAUUGGUAAUAUUCAAUGUUUAUGAAUAUUACAUGUACAUGUGUUUUUUUUUUUUUUCCCUUUUACUUCAUCAGCAACUUUAAAGUUGUAAUCUUUUGUUAUAUACAUAUGAUACUAUCAUUGCCUUUUGUAAAUAAAUGUAAGUCCUCAUUGCAAUCGGAUACGUUUUCCCAUCCUUUAGCAAUUUGGGCCCAAGCCAGCUUGAAAGAAAUAACAUUGAAAUGGUACAGAAAAAAAGGGACACAGUUAUAGUUUUUGUUUCCUUCUUUUCAUGAUCUGGCAGACAUUUUUAAUAACUAGUUCCAUCAAAAACUGGUGAGAAUUGACUUUAUCAUGUUACCUGAUAUGAAGGUGCAAUUCAAAAAUUCACCCAAACUGGUGUUAUUCAAAAGUGGAUAGGAGUAAUGGGUGUAGCCGUGCUGUAUAAGAUUUCCUGCUGUGGCAAUUGUCAAAACUGCAGACAUGCUGGUUAACUGUAAACUUCAGACUGUGACUGUAGAACUAGCAUUAAUGACAGCAAGUCAUCAAAUACACCAAAUAUUAUAGGCUAUACAGCUUGGACCUGAAUUACUUGAGGUAGGAAUUGUUACCAUAUGCACACUGCCUUGUUACUUUGUUUUUUACUGUUCUCAAAGUAUGAAUGCUUUGAUCACUCACACGCUAACAUUGGUCUGAUUGGAAGUCGGUUUAUACUUGAACUCUAUACUUUAACAAAAGUCAAUAAAAUAUUGAUAAAAUGCAA